GAACGAAAGAAAAGUCUCAAAAAAGUUCAAGGAGCCCAUACUUGAUAUAAAAUUGUGAAAUAGUGAUUUGUGAGCCAUGGCCGUAAGAACCACAAAGGCCGCGCUCACGGCAGCCUAUCCAUGGACCAAGACCCCUCUCAUCACAAGCGCACCGAUGCUGCGUAUCGCCCACCCACCCCUCGCCGUUGCGGUGUCUCGUGCCGGUGGGUUUGGCUUUCUGGCAGCCGGAUUCGAUACAGCAGACCUGGAAACCAGCUUCGAAAACACAGCGAAGCUGGUCCGCGAGCACCAAGCAGACAACCCCAAUUUUACUGGCGCUGACAAAGAUAUCUUGCCCGUCGGCGUUGGAUUUCUGAACUGGGGUGCUGACAUCAACCAUGCGAUCCCUCUGAUCGGAAAAUACCUUCCCGCGGCGGUAUGGCUGUUUGGGGCCGCCCGUCCCUCCGGAGAAAUAUACGGGCAAUGGGCGCAACGAGUCCGCUCAGUCACGGGCGGCAGGACGAAGAUAUGGGUCCAGGUCGGCAACGUCACAGACGCCCUAGGCACCGCACACACUGUCAAGCCCGAUGUUCUUGUUAUCCAAGGUUCCGAUGCCGGCGGUCAUGGACUAAAACAGUGCGCGAGUAUCAUCUCCCUUCUGCCAGAAGUUAAAGAUGCCCUUGUCGCCGACGGGCUCGGGGACAUUCCGCUCAUCGCUGCAGGGGGGAUAGUCGAUGGGCGUGGCAUGGCUGCAGCUCUGUGCUUGGGUGCAGAUGGCGUAACCAUGGGCACGAGAUUCCUCGCCUGUGAAGAAGCGAAUAUUGCCAUGGGCUAUAGAAAUGAAGUGCUUCGUGUCCGAGACGGUGGGCUCGUUACGGGAAGAACAACGGUCUACGACCGCGUGAGAGGUUACAACGAGUGGCCCGAGGAGUACGAUGGCCGUGGUAUUCUCAAUCAGAGCUUCUAUGACGCGGAAAAGGGCAUGUCGGACGAGGAGAACCAAAGGCUGUACGCGCUCGAAACGAAAAAGGGUGAUGAAGGAUGGGGCCCUAAUGGUCGGAUGACGACGUACGCUGGGACGGGGGUCGGGUUGGUAAAGCAAGUCGCCUCGGCAAAAGAGAUUAUAGACGGUGUUCUAGAUCAAUCAGCGAUGGUUUUGUCGGGAUAGGCGCCGAGAAGCUCUUCAUACAGUGUGAUUUUGCUUCUUUUUCUCCGUGCUUAGACCAGAUGAGUGUUCAGUUCCAUGAAGUGGAAAUAUAGUUGAUCGGAACAAACUACUCGGAGAGAUCUACCGGCACACAUUUCAGUGGUUGUACCGCCCCAGCUUGCCGAACCUAGAUGCGAAGACUCUUGAGAAUAUGACAACCCACGCCAUGCUCUAAGUUGAUCGUGGUGCGUAUGUAUAUAUUAAUAAACUGUACAUACAUUAGGUACACAGAGUACUAGGGGAGGAGCCCAAUAUUUCUAUGCAGGAAGGAGAACGGGACAGUCCAGAUUAAAGCAAUACUAGGCCAUUAGCAAAAACCCACAAGGUCAAAGCGCAACCCAAAAGAAGGACGAGAAGGAGAGGCACGGGUGAUGGAGAUACGGAAGGGGCAGCAUUUCCAAGUCCAGCAUACGGCUAUAUGAUAACAUCAAGAUUUUUUGCAAGG